UCCUGCAUGUCAGCAUCACGUACGAGGCAUAGAAGUUCACCUUAAGCUAAUUUCAAAAACAAAGGAAUAACACGGCGGUUUUUCGCCACUUUAACCAAGAGGACCACAGCAGCAGCUAUAUUUGGGAGUCUCUGAAGUUUGUUCAGGUCCCUGGAUGCCCCGCGGCGCACCAUCCUCGGCCGCGCAGUGCUUCCCAAUGGCCGGGAGUUGACCCCGCCCACCAGGAUGACGCUGCGCGAGCAGCUGAGAGAGAAGAUCUCGGCGGCCUUCUACCGCCACGGGCUGCUGUGUGCCUCCUACCCAGUACCCAUCAUCCUCUUCACCUCCGCCAGCAUCCUCACCUGCUGCUAUCCAUUAUUGAGGCUCCCCCUGCCUGGGACGGGUCCUGUGGAGUUCACCACAGGGGUGCGAGACUACAGCGUCCCUUCCCAUGAGCCUCAGGGAGACCUUGGAGAACGGCCCGACUGGUACCGGGGUCCUCCGGUUGCCUACAUCCAGCAGGUGUUGGUGAAGGCGGCGGUGUCUCCAUGGGACAGCAGCCUGGUGCCGGUGGACGUGUUUCGGUCGCCGCUGGGUCGAGCCUUUAGCCUGCUGGAGGAGAUCCGCAACCACGUCCACUCCGACAGCUCUGGGAUUCGCAGUCUGGAGAUGCUGUGUCUCCAGGUGACAGACCUGUUUCCGGGGUUACGGCGGAUGCAGUCGGUGCUGCCAGAGCACGGCUGCCUGCUCGUUUCUCCCGGCAACUACUGGCAGAACCAGCGGGAGCUGUUCGAUUCGGACCCCGACCUCCUCAAGACCAUCCAGAAACAUGAACCGAAAGGCCUGCACACGUCGGCCACGCUGCGAGACCUGCUGUUUGGCGUCCCUGGGAAGUACACCGGGGUCAGUCACUACAACAGGAAGAGGGUGGUGACAUACACAAUCACUGUAGUGCUGUCCAGCUACGAUGCAGGGUUCCUGGGCAGCCUGCGGGCCCGUCUGAAGCAGCUCCACCCAUCAGCCAACUGCAGCCUGAGAGACGACCACAUGGUCCACGUCCACUUCAAAGAGGAAAUCGGCAUCGCCGAGCUCAUCCCCCUCGUCACCACAUACAUCAUCCUUUUUGCCUACAUCUACUUCUCCACACGUAAGAUUGACAUGGUGAAGUCUAAGUGGGGUCUGGCGCUGGCUGCUGUGGUGACAGUCCUCAGUUCUCUGCUCAUGUCUGUGGGACUGUGCACCCUGUUUGGACUGACACCCACGCUCAAUGGAGGGGAGAUUUUUCCUUAUCUGGUGGUGGUGAUCGGCCUGGAGAACGUCCUGGUCCUCACUAAGUCCGUGGUGUCCACCCCCGUCGACCUCGAGGUCAAACUCCGCAUCGCUCAGGGCCUAAGUAAUGAGAGCUGGUCUAUCAUGAAGAACAUGGCCACUGAACUGUGCAUCAUCCUCAUUGGAUAUUUCACUCUGGUGCCAGCUAUCCAGGAGUUCUGUCUGUUUGCUGUUGUGGGGCUGGUGUCUGACUUCUUCCUGCAGAUGUUCUUCUUCACCACAGUACUAUCUAUUGACAUCCGACGUAUGGAGUUGGCUGACUUGAACCGCCGCCUGCCAGCCGAAGCAGGACUGCCACCACCCAAACCUGGUCCGCUGCGGCCCCGCGAGGUCCCCCCUCCUCCACGACCCUCCCCCCACACGAUCACCCUGCAGACCCCGGCUUUCAGAAACCUGAGGCUCCCCAAGAGGCUGCGUGUGGUGUACUUCCUGGCUCGGACACGCCUGGCUCAACGCAUCAUCAUGGUCGGCACGGUGAUCUGGAUCGGCAUCCUCGUCUACACCGACCCAGCAGGAAUACGCACCUACCUGGCUGCGCAGGUGUCUGAGCAAAGCCCUCUGGGAGACCCCGGAGGAGGUGGUCUGCCCCCUCACCUGGGAGUAGCCCCCGUCUUUCGUGGAGCAGAUCCUACCAGCACGCUCAGCAUCCACCGAGCACCAGAUCCAACUCCUUUACCUGAGAACCAAUCACAGGGCCACCAUGGUCCAGCCAGGGCAGGGCCCGUCCCCCAGGCUCCGCCCUCCGUUCCCCAAAUCACCUGGGGGGCGGAGGAUGAGGAGGGCUGGAGGAGGCUCUCUUUCAGGCACUGGCCAUCGCUCUUCAGCUACUACAACAUCACUUUAGCAAAGAGGUACAUCAGCAUCCUGCCCGUCAUUCCUGUCACCGUUCACCUGAGCCCCCAGGAGGCCAUCGAGACACGUCACCCUCAGGACACCAGACACCCACCUCCACCCAUUCCCAAAGUCUCUGCCGAUCUACAGACAGACCUCACCCUCUAUAAGGUGGCAGCUCUGGGCCUGGCUGCAGGCGUCCUGCUGGUUCUGCUGCUCUUCUGUCUCUACCGGGUUCUCUGCCCACGGAACUACGGCCAGAACGGCAUUGCUCACGGGCGCCGGCGCCGAGGGGACCUGCCCUGCGACGAUUACGGCUACUCGCCACCCGUGAGCGAGAUCUCACCUCUGCUGCUGAGGGGCCACAGUAUGGACAUCGAGUGUUUGGCAAGUGAUGGGAUGUUGCUGGCUAGCUGUUGCCUAGCAGGACAGAUUCGGGUUUGGGACGCCCAGACUGGUGACUGUUUGACCGUCAUCCCAAACCACGGGCUCAGACGGAGCAGCAGCAGUAGUGGCUGCUGGGAGCAGCGGGAUGGCUGGGAUGGUGUGGGCGGAGCUGCGGAGUCGGAGGGUUUGGGCUCUGAAGCUCGUGGCGCCUCCGUCAGUGCUGACGGCCUAUCAGAGGAGGAGGGCUACCCCCUGAGACGCCGCACUGCUCCCGCCCGGCCGACUCUCUUCACCGACCAGCCCGAUCUCACCCCGCUCAUUGACACCAACUUCACCUCCCAGCCCCCCUCACACCUCUCCACCCCACCCAGGGGAGGCUUUGACUUCGGUGGUCUGGUGGAGCGAGCCUACAUGGAGCACGAGCCUCCUUCUCCCUCCACCUACCCCUCUCCUUCCUCAGCCUCCUCCUCGCCGCCAACAGGAGCUCAGCUCCAGAGGAGACCCAGCUUAGGGGACGCAUCCGCAUUCUUAACGCAAGAGAGAGCGUCCACAGCCGGGACGCAGGCGACGGCAGACUGGGAAAGCUCCGUCUGGGCCAUGGAGCUGAGAGGAAACCUGAUAGCUGCUGGGAGGAGUAGCGGUAAACUGGAGCUGUGGGAUGCAGUGGAGGGCUCGUUACGCUGCAGUAAUGAAGACGGAGUCUCUGGGAUCACAGCUCUCGCCUUCCUCAACAACAGAAUCGUAGCGGCUCGGCUGAACGGGUCUCUAGAUUUCUUCACUGUUGAGAUAAACAAACCUCUGUGUCUGCUGCAGUACAGAGGCGCCCCCGGGCGAGGCAGCAUGCCUCCCUCUCCCUGUUACAGCAGCGAGGACGUGAUCAGCUGCCAGCUCACGCGCUCGGUGCAGUGCGCUCACCAGAAGCCCAUCACGGUGCUGCGAGCGGCCGCCGGGAGGGUCGUCACCGGCAGCCAGGACCACACUGUCCGGAUUUAUCGUCUGGAGGACUCGUGUUGCCUCUUCACCCUGCAGGGUCACUCUGGAGGAAUCACAGCCAUCUACAUAGACCAGACGAUGGUUCUGGCGAGCGGCGGGCAGGACGGCGCCAUCUGCCUGUGGGACGUCCUGACGGGGAGCCGCGUCAGCCAUGUUUACGGUCACCGAGGCGACGUCACCUCGCUGGUCUGCACCACCUCUUGCGUCAUCAGCUCGGGACUGGAUGACCUCAUCUGCAUCUGGGACCGCAGCACCGGGAUCAAGCUCUACUCCAUACAGCAGGAGGUGGGCUGCGGGGCCAGUCUUGGAGUGAUCUCAGAGUCUCUCCUGGUGACUGGGGGCCAGGGCUGCGUCUCCUUCUGGGACCUGAACUUCGGCGACCUGCUGCAGACAGUCUACCUGGGCCAGAGCAGCGACGGACAGGGCGUCCGGCAGCUGCUGGUGCUCGACAACGCCGCCAUCGUCUGCGACUUCGGCAGCGAGCUCAGCCUGGUGUAUGUGCCCUCGGUGCUGGAGAAACUGGACUGAGGAGAGACGGGUGGACGGUCGCAGCAAUCGAUGCCGGUGGACGCAAACAAAAAAAAGUGCACUCAGAACAUCUCAUCAUUAGGUUUUCACUGGUUUUUGGCUUUCUUUUGUCGUUUCUGACGCCCAAAGGAGACGCCAUCAUUAGACUGGUUUCAUGUGCAUCAAAGGCUCUUUUUUUCUUUUUUAGAUGUUUAAGUACAAGCCCGGAUGUGAUGAGGAAAAAAAGGCUGAGGACUGAUUGUGCAACCUGCUGCAUUUUAUCGGAGGAGGGUGACAGACCCUCGAUACCGAUACCGUGACAAUUACGAGGGUCGUGAGGUUCAAGAGAAGCUGGAUGUUUCUCGCUGAAAGAGGAUCCAGCAGUCACCAGUUAGUGCUUUUUGUGUGAGUGUUUGUUUUGUGGCUCUGCCCUCUAUGCUGCUGACACGGGUGGGGCUUCACUGUGACCCCGCCCGCCCAGAGAGGAAGAUAAAACUGUCUCCUUAUAUUUUAAUAUUCCCGCUGCCUCGUUAGCCCGACGGCGAAGUGCAGCCACAGCGAGCUCGACGGGUCGACAGCCUGUUGGGAUGAGCUGCGCAGUUAUACGUAAGUGUGUGUGUGUGUGUGUGUGUGCGCGUAUGUGUGUGACUGAAUGAAUGAAUCUGGGCCCUUUUUUAUGGCAAAACACUGCUGAGAACAAAAAUUGGUCAUGUGUGUCUGUGUGAGAACUGAUGAUUACUGUACAAAGUAAACCUCCAGAGGGGGCUGUUUUUAUAUGUAUAAAUCUAUUAUUUAUUAGCGAUACAUUUUUGAAUAACAGUUUGUUUAUGAAUGGCUAAUCCCGGCUCUUAAACAACAAUAUAAUAACGUAAAUGUCGGAUGGUGAUUAUUUGUUUGGCAGGGUUGGGGUUGUAUAACGAUUAUUUGUAAUAUUGAACUGGAAACACUGAAGUGUUUGUUGGGAUGGAGUUGGAGGCUGUAGGAAAAAAGGUUCCUCUUUUAAUCCCAGCCUCGGCCUCUGAUUCUGGGGUUACUGAUGCUGUUCGUGGGGCCCCGCCAGCCCCUUCGCCCCAGUGUGCUUACACCUUCAUCAGGCUACCUCCAUUUUCCAAACUGCUUGAAUUUUGGAUGAGAAUACUGACGUCAUGUCAUAUUUUUUUUAUAAAUUGUGCCCUUUAGAGAUUUUUUUUUAAAAAUCACUGUUUACUGUAACUGCAACUGAAACUGUUUCCAGACUUCAUUUUGGCCACUCACAAUGACAAAACUUAAUGUCAUUCAGCAUCAGAUCUCACAGAACACAUCGUUGUCAUCGGCGUAUUGUUCAACGUUAGUGGAGUUUGUCUAAAACUCGGUCGCCUCUUUCUGCAGCCGGUCAGUGAAAAUGUGAAGACAGACAGUUAAGAAAUCCAGCAGCUCCUCUCAUUUAGACGCCACACCACCUGAAGACUCUGCAUCUCUGUUUUACGCCACUUUAGGCUAAUAAUACUUAAGAAUAUUUAAGCUUUGUGGGGUUUAUUUAGAAUUUGCACACUGUUUCUGGGCUCUCACAAUCAUUUUCUAUUCACCAUUACUGUGUUUUGAUUCGUCAUUGAUCUACAUCAGGCACACAACAUUUCCACAAGCUUCACAUGACACACAAACAAUGCCAAUUAGCAACAGGUUCAAGUCUUAACAGCAGUUUGCUUCAACCGAAGGCAGCAGGUGACAGUUGGAAGGUGAAGCUCCUUAUGGUGAUUGAUUUAAAUGAUGUGUGUAUCGUAUGAUGCUUGUGGGAAUGCUCUGCGCCUGAGAAAGAUCUCUGUUUGAUUGAAGUGUUGCACAGAAACCGUGUGCUGAUUCUUCAGGGGGUUUUUUUGCUUAAAAACUGAUUAGAAGCAUUGAAGGGUAUAAUUCUGGAUUUUGGCAGGAUGAAAAAGAGCCAAACAUCUCAGACAUUCCCGUCACGUUUUCAUUGGCCCUGCCCACUGACGUUUAAAGCAACAUUAUGCAAGAGUUGAUAUUGAUUGUGAUUUGGCCCCGAGACACCACUGUUGUAAACAUGGAUAGCCGUACAUGUGCAUUUCUUAUGAUUACUUAUGAUCAAAAACUAGCACUUGCACAACUUUGCUAACAGUCGAACAUCAAGCAAAUGCAGCAGCACACGGCAUAACUUACAGUAGAAGCCAGCUAAUAGUACUUACACGAUAAAGAGCUUGAAUCUGGACUCGCUGUUUACAGCUAUAUUUGACAUAAAGUAGUUACAUAAUGUUGCUUUGACAACCAGCACGGUGAUAUAUCAAAUUUGCUCAGCAAGUUUUUAAAUUUUUGCCAGAGUUUCCAUUGACUAGUUCCAUAGUAAGGGUUAAGUAGCUUUUCACAGUUCUUUGUAAACUAAUAAGCUAAAAUUACCCUCAAAAUCAGAUGUAUGACAAAUUAAAAAUGAAAUAGACAACAUUAAUUCCAUCAGUCAGAACCUAAAAUCUGUUUAAUUCUCUUUAACUUGCCUACUCAACCAUUAAAAAAGUUAUUAGUUUUGGGAUGUCCUUGUUUGGCUCCCCCUGCUGGUCAGUGCCUCAACUUCACUGUUCUACUCUGCACACUCGCUGAGAGAAUGUAGUCCUCCAGGUUUAAGACUCGUGUCUGACUGACACCCACAAUACACAGAAUGUAUUUCCUCCAAAUCACCCAGCGUCUACUGUAGCUGCGUCUACUGAAUGUAGUCCCAGAAGGUGUGACGAACAAAUCCGUUAGUAACCGGCGACUAAAUCCUUUACAGCUACGCAUGGCGACACUAAUUUACUGCACUAUUAACCCUCUGAUGCACAUGCUCACACACAUUUGGCACUUUUGUGAACAGCAGCUUACAUACAGUAUAGGAAAUGUGGACGCAACUAGAGUUCACACCUGCAGCACUAGUAAACACGCACACUGCAGACGUGUCGAUGUUACAGGUCUAGUUUCACUGGUAUGCGGCAACGAAGUAGUUCCCAUUCUGCACAAAACAAGCAGCUGGAAAUGGUUUAUUACUGUUGACCUUCAGAGUCACAAUCUACGUCUGGAUUGUACCUUUAAGAGACACCUGUUGCACCUGCAUCCCAUCGAAACCAGACCCGUGACCUCCUCAUUGUAACCUAUUUAUUAGCUUUGUGUUUCCUGUUGUAAACAGUAGUCGAAAAAAGCUUUUAGAGAUGGAAAAUGUGUAGCUAGUUUUUAGCUUUUGUUUUUCUUUCAACUUUUUUUUUUUUACUUUUCUAGCAAUGUGAAUUUGAUUUAAAGCAAAUGUUGGACAUUUGGGGAAAUUUGCUUGACGUUCAGUUUCUGGUGGAGAGUUAAGAGACUCCGCUCUAUUUAAUAUUAAGCUAACAGUAAGUUUACAGCAAGCAGUCCGUCUUUGUGCUAAGCUAACCUGCUGCUGGCUGUAACUUUACAUUUAACAGAUGGAGGUGAGAGUGGUACUGAUCUCUAACUCUCAAACAGAAAGUGGAUAAAAGAUGGAGGGUUGGUGUGACAGUUUCAAAUCAAUCUUGGCUUCUUUGUUUUGGUUCAUCACAUAUGGACUUGGCCUUGUAACAAUUUAUAUCUAACAGAAAUGCAACAGCACCAAGCUUGUUGCUGCUCCUCAGCUUCAAACGCACUCUUUCACCCGGCAGUCAACACACCAUAUCAACAGUUUGUGGAUGCAUCCUUUUAUCCUUUGACUUGUUAAAGCAGAAAUGGGAACGUUUCCUUUGGCUGCGGCUUUGUGGUCCACUUGUGAUCCCCCGCCAGCUGAGUAAACAAACAGAAAUCAGAUUCUGUGUCAUUUCAUUUCUCCUUGUUUUGACAGCUGUGAGGAAAAUCAGAGCUGCGAGAGAAACAAAUCUGUAACAAUGAAGUCCCCCAGGCCUCCUUUCCCCCGCAGCCCUCCCCUCAUUGGCUGGCUACAAUCUACGCAGGCUGUAGUAGUGGAGGUCACUUAUUUACUAUUUUGUAACACAAAAAAAAUUGCAAGACUUUUUACUAAUUUUCAAAUAAAGAAGCUUUGAUACCA